AUGUGGUGGCUUUCUUCUUCUUCUUGGGUCUCUGAUCUCUCCUGUUCUUCCUCGGCAGCCAUAGACCAAUCUUCAUCUCUUCCGGCUCCACUCCAAUGGCUGAGAUUCGUUUUCCUAUCCCCUUGCCCACAGCGACUUCUCUCCUCCGCAGUCGAUCUCGUCUUCCUCCUCAUCCUCCUCUUCUUCGCUAUCCUCAAGCUCUCUUCUUCUUCUUCUUCCACAGAAGCUGACAUCAGGAAACCUCUAAUCGCAAGAAGAAGUGUAACCAGAGUAACCGUACUGUUCAAAACGACAAUCUUAGCCACUCUUCUCCUGUCGUUUUGCUCCGUAGUGCUCUGCGUUUUGGCCUUCACUACCCGGACUCGAUUGAAGCUCGUUGACGCUCUGUUUUGGCUGAUCCACGCCGUUACUAACGCCGUCAUCGCCGUUUUGGUUCUCCACCAGAAGAGAUUCGCAUCUUCCAAUCAUCCUCUAUCCUUGCGAAUCUACUGGGUUUCCAGUUUCAUCGUCACUUCUCUCUUCACCGUCUCCGGGAUUCUCCACCUUCUCUCCGGCGACCCCUCCGCCGCGAGUCUCAUAGCAGACGACGUCGCUUCCUUCGUCUCCCUCCCUUUAACCGCCGUCCUGCUCAUCGUCUCCGUCAAAGGAUCCACCGGAGUAGUAAUCACUGGCAGUGUCGCGAUCCCGGCUAAACCAGACGACGCCGUUUUAGACAAAUCCGAAAACGUCUCUCUGUACGCAUCGGCGUCAAUUCUGUCGAAGACUUUCUGGGUAUGGAUGAAUCCGUUGCUGAGCAAAGGCUACAAAUCUCCAUUGAAUCUCGAGCAAGUCCCGACUCUGUCUCCAGAGCACAGAGCCGAGAAGCUCGCGAUCCUCUUCGAAUCGAAAUGGCCCAAACCGGAAGACAAGUCGAGAAACCCGGUUCGCACCACUCUCCUCCGUUGUUUCUGGAAGGAAGUCGCACUCACGGCGGUUCUAGCCAUCCUUCGUCUCAGCGUUAUCUACGUCGGUCCGGUUCUCAUCCAAAGCUUCGUCGAUUUCACUUCCGGCAAAGGAUCCUCUCCGUCGCAGGGUUACUACCUCGUUCUCAUCCUCCUCCUCGCGAAAUUCGUCGAGGUCUUGUCGACUCACCAGUUCAAUUUCAAUUCCCAGAAGCUAGGGAUGCUCAUAAGGUCCACUCUCAUAACCGCUCUCUACAAGAAAGGGUUGAAGCUAACCGGCUCGGCUCGUCAGAAUCACGGCGUCGGGCAAAUCGUGAAUUACAUGGCCGUCGAUGCACAGCAGCUCUCUGAUAUGAUGCUCCAGCUACACGCUAUCUGGCUCAUGCCUCUGCAGGUCGCUGUGGCUCUUGUGCUUCUCUACCGUACACUUGGACCUUCUGUGGUGACCACAGUCAUCGGUUUGACCGGAAUUUUCGUGUUCAUCCUCUUGGGAACGAAAAGAAACAACAGGUUCCAGUUCAGCCUGAUGAUGAAUCGCGAUUCGAGGAUGAAAGCAACCAAUGAGAUGCUCAAUUACAUGAGAGUGAUCAAGUUUCAAGCUUGGGAGGAUCAUUUCAACGAGAGGAUUCUCAAGUUUAGAGAAAUGGAGUUUGGCUGGCUAUCCAAGUUUCUCUACUCCAUCGCUGGGAACGUCAUCAUGCUGUGGAGCACACCGGUCUUGAUCUCGGCUCUCACUUUCACAACCGCGGUUUUCUUGGGAGUUAAGCUAGAUGCAGGAACGGUUUUCACCACAACCACCAUUUUCAAGAUACUCCAAGAACCGAUCAGGACCUUUCCGCAGUCUAUGAUCGCUCUUUCGCAGGCGAUGAUCUCUCUCGGAAGGCUCGACGCUUACAUGACGAGCAGAGAGCUAUCGGCAGAGACUGUGGAGAGGAGUCAAGGCUGUGAUGGGAAUGUCGCUGUCGAGAUCAAAGAUGGAAGCUUUAGCUGGGAUGAUGACGAUGACGAGCCUGCAAUUGAAGACAUCAACUUUGAGGUCAAGAAAGGAGAGCUCGCUGCGAUUGUAGGGACUGUUGGAUCAGGCAAAUCUUCGUUGCUAGCUUCGGUUCUCGGCGAAAUGCACAAACUUUCAGGCAAGGUUCGGGUUUGUGGGACAACAGCUUAUGUAGCGCAGACAUCGUGGAUUCAGAAUGGAACGGUUCAAGACAAUAUCUUGUUUGGUCUUCCUAUGGAUUCAAGCAAGUACAAUGAAGUUCUCAAGGUUUGUUGUUUAGACAAAGAUUUGCAGAUGAUGGAGUUUGGAGAUCAGACUGAGAUUGGGGAACGCGGAAUUAACCUUAGUGGAGGUCAGAAGCAGAGGAUACAGCUUGCCCGAGCGGUUUAUCAAGAAGCCGACGUGUAUUUACUCGAUGAUGUCUUUAGCGCCGUGGAUGCUCAUACCGGUUCAGACAUAUUCAAGAAAUGUGUAAGAGGAGCAUUGAAAGGAAAAACUGUCUUGUUAGUAACUCAUCAAGUAGACUUCCUUCACAACGUUGAUUGCAUCUUGGUUAUGCGAGAUGGAAUGAUUGUGCAAUCAGGAAGAUACGACGAGUUAGUUAGCAACGGGUUAGAUUUUGGGGCUUUGGUUGCGGCGCACGAGACAUCGAUGGAGCUUGUUGAAGCUGGCUCGGCAUCGGCCGCUGCAACAAAUGUGCCAAUGGCAUCACCAAGAACACAGAGAAAUAUUUCAAUGGAUUCACCUCGUCAACCAACGACACCAAAAUCUCCAAAAGUACAUCGGACAACUUCAAUGGAGUCUCCAAGAAUACAAAGAACUACUUCAAUGGAGUCUCCUCGUUUGGGCGAGCUAAACGAUGAACACAUCAAGUCAUUUCUCGGCUCCAACAUCCCAGAAGAUGGAUCAAGACUGGUCAAAGACGAAGAAAGAGAAGUCGGACAAGUAAGCUUUCAAGUUUACAAGCUCUACUCAACCGAAGCUUACGGCUGGUGGGGAAUGAUUCUUGUUCUCUUCUUCUCUGUGGCUUGGCAAGGCUCUAUAAUGGCUAGCGAUUAUUGGCUUGCCUAUGAAACAUCAGCCAAAAACGCGGUUUCAUUCGACGCUUCAGUCUUCAUCCGCGUCUAUCUCCUCAUCGCUGCUCUUUCCAUUGUCCUUGUGUGCCUCAGGGCAUUUUACAUCACUCACUUAGGCCUCAAGACUGCUCAGAUCUUCUUCAAACAGAUUCUCAACAGCCUCGUCCACGCACCAAUGUCGUUUUUCGACACCACACCAUCGGGAAGAAUUCUCAGCCGGGCAUCUACUGAUCAGACCAAUGUGGACAUCUUCAUCCCCUUCAUGAUAGGACUAGUAGCCGCAAUGUAUACUACUCUGCUCAGCAUCUUCAUAGUAACUUGCCAAUACGCUUGGCCAACUAUUUUCUUUGUGAUUCCGCUUGGAUGGCUCAACAUUUGGUACCGGGGAUAUUACCUUGCAUCAUCUCGGGAACUAACUCGCCUUGACUCGAUCACCAAGGCCCCAGUGAUCCACCAUUUCUCGGAGAGCAUAGCCGGAGUGAUGACGAUCCGAUGUUUCAAGAAACAGGAAAUUUUUAGGCAAGAGAAUGUGAGGCGAGUCAACGCCAAUCUCAGGAUGGACUUCCACAACAAUGGUGCAAACGAAUGGCUCGGAUUUCGUCUAGAGCUGAUCGGGAGCUGGGUACUCUGCAUCUCUGCUCUGUUCAUGGUCUUAUUACCAAGCAACAUUAUCAAACCAGAGAAUGUUGGGCUUUCACUGUCGUACGGACUAUCGCUGAACUCGGUUCUGUUUUGGGCAAUAUAUCUGAGCUGUUUCGUUGAGAACAAGAUGGUUUCAGUUGAGAGAAUCAAGCAGUUCACUGAUAUCCCCGCGGAAGCGAAAUGGGAGAUAAAAGAGAACCGUCCACCUCCAACUUGGCCUUACAAAGGUAACAUACGUCUCGAAGAUGUCAAGGUACGGUACAGACCAAACACUCCUCUUGUGCUCAAGGGACUUACAAUAGACAUCAAAGGAGGAGAGAAGGUUGGUGUGGUUGGAAGAACAGGAAGUGGUAAAUCGACAUUGAUUCAGGUCUUGUUCAGACUUGUGGAACCGUCUGGUGGGAAGAUAGUCAUCGACGGAAUCGAUAUCUGCACUUUAGGACUUCAUGAUCUGAGGUCAAGAUUCGGUAUCAUUCCUCAAGAACCUGUUCUCUUCGAAGGAACCGUGAGGAGUAAUAUUGAUCCAACGGAGAAAUACUCUGAUGAAGAAAUCUGGAAGAGUCUCGAGCGAUGCCAGCUUAAGGAGGUCGUAUCUUCCAAGCCCGAGAAGCUGGAUUCUCUUGUGGCGGAUAGUGGGGAGAACUGGAGUGUGGGUCAAAGACAGUUACUGUGUUUGGGAAGGGUGAUGCUGAAACGAAGCCGUAUUCUGUUUUUGGAUGAAGCAACUGCGUCUGUUGAUUCGCAGACUGAUGCAAUGAUCCAGAAGAUCAUCAGGGAGGAUUUCUCUUCUUGUACCAUUAUCAGCAUUGCUCAUCGCAUUCCUACCGUUAUGGACUGUGAUCGCGUUCUUGUCAUUGACGCAGGAAAAGCGAAAGAGUAUGAUAGUCCAGUUCGUCUGCUGGAGAGACGAUCGUUGUUUGCUGCAUUGGUUCAAGAGUAUGCUCUCCGAUCUGCCGGAAUAUGAAACCCCCUUCUUCUUCUUCUUCUUCUUCUUUUUUUGAUUAAGAAUCAUAAGACGUCGUCUCUAUAUUUUGAUUCUGAAUCUCUGCAACUCUUGGCAAUUUAUUCAUAAAUUUUCCAAUAAUCACAUCACAUGGCAACACUGUUCAUGAA